GAUGUUCUCUCUGCGGUGCGCAGUUGUCCGACGACCGACGCCGAGUGUCACGCAAACAUCAGCAGCCGAUAAUAUAAUAGUUUAUACCUAAGUAUAUUUUUUUUUUAUAGUCGAGUUCCGGACGAUUGCACGACGACCGCUCAUUUUUUGCACCAUUAAGACAAGUUUGUGUGCUUACGGUGUAUGAUAUGCGAGCUCAUGGGUUUUAUCUCCGUAUUGAAAACGAACCAAGUUAAUGAUAGUAAUAAUUUUCUGGUAUGUAUUUAAAUUCUCGGAUUUUAAUCGUCAAGUUUAAAACUCAUUUGUUUUGUGACGCGCUUCUGCAGUGAUCGACGGCAAAAUCCAAAGAAGAACGCUACCACAUAAUUACUGUUCAAACUCCAUAGAUUCAAAAACACGACUCACCAAUAUAUAGAGGUGCAUCAUGUUUCCAGCGGCUGUCAUAAUCGUGGCAUGUUGUACGGCAGUGGCUCUUUUCCUGUACAAGUAUACGACUUCCACAUACAAGUAUUGGAAGACGAAGUCAGUGACGUUUGCCACACCCGUACCGCUAUUCGGUAAUAUCAAAGACCAUGUGACGCUAAGAAUGACCCAGGGCGAGUGUUUGAAAAAUAUUUACAAUGAUUUUCCUGGUGAAAAGUUUGUGGGUAUGUACCAGUUACAGACACCGACAUUACUACUCCGCGAUCCAGAAACCAUUCGGCUGUUUCUGGUGAAGAGCUUCUCACAUUUCACGGACAGAGGAUUCUUGUACGACGGUCACAGGGAACCGUUGACCAGACAUUUAGUCAAUUUAGAGGGCGACACAUGGAAGAUUCUCCGACAAAAGCUCACGCCCACAUUCAGCUCUGGUAAAAUCAAAAGUAUGUUAGGACUAUUACAAGGCUGCGGGUUGCAACUUAUUGAGUACAUGGAUGCAACUAUUGAGUCUGGAAAGACAGAAUUCGAAAUUCGUGACCUAACAGCCAAAUUCACUACAGACGUGAUUGGCACGUGUGCGUUCGGACUGGAAUGCAAUUCGCUGAAAGACUCGCAAUCCGAAUUCAGACGGAUGGGAUGUGCGGUGCUCAAUUCUUCCGCGUCUUUAGCGUUGGCUAAAAUGGUCCGAGUGUUCUUCCCAAAACUUUUCAAGGCAUUGAAACUUCGCACGUUCCCGGCCGAAGUACAACAGUUCUUCAUGGGCAUCGUAAAGCAGACAAUCGACUUCCGGAACACCAACCGAGUGCGUCGGAACGACUUCAUACAGCUGUUGCUUGAGAUUAAAAACCAAAAUCACCAUCCACAAAGCGAGAUUAAUUCCAUUGAACUCACCGAAGAGUUGAUCGCCGCUCAAGUGUUCGUGUUCUUCUUGGCCGGCUUCGAGACGUCGUCCACGACACUGAGUUUUUGCUUGCACGAGAUGGCCGUCAACCAGGACAUUCAAAACAGGGUGUACGACGAAAUCAAAAAGACAGCCAAUACGUAUGGACUGCCGUUCUCUUAUGAAGCAAUCUCGUCGAUGAACUACUUAGAACAAUGUCUGAAAGAAACGAUGAGAAAAUAUCCACCAGUACAGGCUUUAGCCCGGGUAUGUACCAAACAAUUCAGGGUUCCCGGAACAAACUUGGACCUGGACGUGGGCACAGCCGUUUUGAUACCAGUGUACGCGAUACAUCACGACCCACAGUACUAUCCGGAACCAGACACCUUCGACCCGGACCGGUUCGCCAAAGACAGCGACGGCGGCGGCGGCGACAAUGGGAGACCCGCUGGGGUUUAUCUGCCGUUCGGCGAUGGCCCGCGCAUAUGCAUAGGUAUGCGUUUUGCCAUGUUAGAAAUGAAACUGGCGAUGGCCCAGUUCCUACACAGCUAUUUGGUGACGCUGAGCGACAAAUCCAGUGCACGCAUCGAGUUCGAACCAGCGUCAUUCCUGUCGUGCCCGAAAGGCGGUAUAUGGUUGAACGUCAAUAAACGUAAAUCAUGAC